AUGACAGCGCCCCAGAGCCACCCAGAAGAGGACCGCUCGGAAGAAGGAGCCUCUGGCUCAACUACUGGCAUUUCCGCGGCUGCCGCUACUCAUCCUCACACCCGACUCCUCAAUAUUCUGGGACGUUACCGAGCCUUGCAGCGAACAGCGCCGGAGGACCGCUUCAUCCGUGACGCUGCAGUGAACAGCUUCGCGUACGUUCCGGACAACUCGGAGGAAGAAGACUUUCAAUCUGCGGAGGAAGAAAUUCCUCCCCUUUACUUGUUCCGGCCGGAGAUGGAGCAAACUCCCAGAUACGAACGCUCCUGGUUCGACGACGAAGGCCGUGAACGUGGCCCGGACAAUGACUCCAGGCACGAAGACGAAGAUGAACAUGGCCCGGAUACCCCCGAAGACGAUGAACGCGGCCCGGACAACGCCCCGGAGAAUGGAGAAGCUGGUGGCGAUGACUCGAAAAGACCCUUCAAAGGAUAUCCGCAGUACAAGCACCUGCUACACGGCGGCACUUGGACUAAUUUGUACGGCGAGAAAGAAUUUCCGGAUCCUCAAAAAAAUUGGUAUCCGAAGGUUAUCAGAGACAGGGUGAUGGUCAUGGGCCGCACGGCUCACACGGAGGAGUGCGACUCGCCCUGCGACCACUGCAAGCAGAAGGGGUUGCACUGCAUAGUCUGGAAGAAGUCCGGUCCUCCAAAGCCUUUCCGGGCUAACGCGACCUGUUUACACUGCUUCUCAGGAAAGAGAACAUGUAAGCGCACCCCCAAGCCGGCGCCGAAGCCGAAAGACGUUCCUCCCAGCAAAUCGAAGACCAACUCCGCCGGCAAGAAGUCCAAGAAGGCUGCAAUCCAGCCAGAGGCUCCGCCCUCGGAUCAAGCAGUUCCCACAACACCCGGAGGUUCCAAGAAUUAG